UGUCUGACUUCACAGGACCCUUUGGUGGAGACGUCCCCCUGCCAUAAGAAGGUCCAGUGGGCAGAUGGCUUCGUUCUGGUCUACAGCAUCUGCGACAGAGCCAGUUUCAACGCCGUCAGCAAGCUCGUCCAGAGCAUCAAGUCCACCAAAGACUUCCUCGGUGAAGACAAGGUGCCCAUCGUGAUCGUGGGCAACAAAAGGGACCUGCACCACAGGCGGACGGUACUGAGCGAGGAGGGCCGGUUGCUGGCCCUGAACACGAACUGCCUCUUCUACGAGGUCUCGGCGGCGGAGAACUACCACAGCGUGCUCACCGUGUUUCACGGACUGGUGGAAAGGAUGAGGGACGCCAAGCUGACGAACACCAAGAGGCCUCUGAGGCUGAAGGGCAUCGUCAAAAGCAUGUCUGCAGUGUUCGCCAGGAUACGGACAGAUUCCUUUUGAGACGCUGUGAUCGUUGCACCAUUUUCCAGACUGCUAAAACAAAGACUGACGGCCCUGAGCGGACAUUAAACCUUUAAAAAUCACAAACACAAACAAUACAAAGCUUCACAGAACUAAGAGACAUCCUCACUUCUUGGGAAAGUCACAGGUUCAA